AUGGGGAGCCUGCGUGACAUCGCCCUUUUUGUCCUCACCGUCUCUGCUCUAACCUUUAUCGCCUUCUUCGGCCGCCUCCCAGCACUGAGACACACGCCAAUUGGCUUCCUCCACCGCGUGAUAUGGACUCACACGCCCAACUUCUUCCGCCGCCUCGAUGCGCGUCUGACAGGCGGACGACUCUCCUCCUCUGGCGCGCUCCUCUCACACUAUCUCCUAUAUGAAAAACACCCUCUCGUCAUUAUCUUCUUUCUGGGCCUCACAACCAUCUCCGCCUUCCUCUUCAUCCGCGAAACCUGGUCCCGCCUCUCCCUAACCGACCGCCUCCUAAUCCCACCUGUUGUUGUCGCGCCCUACGCCUUCACCUACCUCUCGAACACCCGCUCCCCCGCCAUCACUUCCGCUAAUCACGCCUCCCAAAAACUCCAAUACCCCCACGACCACAUACUCUACCAUCCUGACCGUAUCUGUCGCACCUGCCACUUCCCCAAACCGGCCCGCAGCAAGCACUGCUCGAUCUGCAGCACCUGCGUCGCCCGCGCAGAUCACCACUGCAUCUGGGUAAACAAUUGUCUCGGGCGCGGAAACUACAAGUACUUCCUCGCGCUCUUACUAAGCACCGCCGUCCUACUGGCCUAUGGCGCCUCGCUCUCUUACCGAGUUCUCCGGCCCCAGGUCCGUGAUUCUCAGGCGGGAUGGUAUUCGCGGCGACCGUCGGCGAGCCAUGGUUCCGCGGACGGUGCAUUCACCACGUUCAAUCGUGCAGCAGUGCAGCGGAUGAAUGACUGGCUUGACGCACUGAGCGCGGCGGUGAUGGUCGGUGGGUUGAGCGUAGCGGGCGUCGGGCUGCUUGCGCUGCUGACUGCGCCGUUGCCAGCAGGGCUGCUGUGCUAUCACAUCUACCUUAUCUGGGCGGGCAUGACAACCAAUGAGUCUGGGAAAUGGGCAGAUUUGAGGGAUGACAUGGGCGACGGAGUCGUUUGGGUGGGGACUCGCGAUAGUGCGGAGGACAGUGAGGAGGUCGAAAGUGUGGGAGGGGAGACUGACGAGGCAGGCGUGGAGUGGCCACUUAGGAGCCGUAAGAUUGUUAUCAGGACUAGAGAUGGGGCCCCGCCGAUAUUCGCUGCGGAUGAUGAGACAUCCAGUGGGGUGGUAAGUGGGAGUUGGCGACGGUGUUGGCGGCUAGCUGAACUGGAUAACAUCUACGACCUGGGGUUUUGGGAUAACUUGAAAGAGGUGCUACUGCAUUAA